UGUCCUAAAUCUGUGCCGUUCAAGAAUGUUUCGCGUCCACCCUCCCAGAGCCUGACAAAACGCCAGCGUCCACUACGAAGCACGAGGCACUAAUGCGGCCGCCCUGCGGAGACUGAAAUAAAACCUCCAAUGGACAUCAAACCGUUGUUUGAAAUCGCCUCGCCUGGACGCCUUCAAAAUGUUUGCAUACUCGCCAUAGGAAAGGAGACCUGACUCGAUCCUACCUCGUUCCUAGGGAACAACACAAGGCAUGCUGCCGGCCUCAUGGCUUCGCUCCUAAAGUCCCUCCUCUCAUCCCGCGCCACCGUCUUCACCUCAGCCUUCCUCCUUCGGGCCAUCCUCCUUGUCUAUGGCAUAUAUCAGGACUCGGUUUCCGCCCUGAAAUACACGGACAUCGACUACUACGUCUUCACAGACGCCGCCCGAGCCGUAUCUAGGCAUUCAUCUCCCUAUGACCGUGCCACAUACCGAUAUACUCCCCUUCUAGCAUGGAUUCUGUUACCCACCAGCUGGGGAGGACUGUGGUUUCAUUUCGGCAAGACGCUGUUUGCUCUGUCCGAUCUGAUCGCUGGAUGGCUCAUCCUGAGGCUUUUAAAGAGACAAGGCCUGGAAGAGCAACGAGCUCUGCAAUACGCCGCCGUGUGGCUCCUGAACCCAAUGGUUGCAAACAUCAGUACACGCGGAAGCAGCGAAGGUCUCCUUUGCGUUCUGGUCAUGGCUCUGCUCUGGGCGUUUGAGACCAAGAAAACUAUAUUGUCAGGACUGCUGCUGGGAAUGUGCGUUCACUUCAAGAUAUACCCUUUCAUUUACGGAGCGAGCAUGCUGUGGGCGCUGGAGACACCUUCGGCAAAUCCGUCCGCAACAAAUCUAUUGCAACCUGUUGUACACUUCAUCAACAGGAGCCGCAUUUUGCUGCUUUUGACCUCGAUAUCAACCUUUACUGCGCUCAAUCUCCUCAUGUACAAGAUCUACGACUUUCCGUUCCUCCAACACACGUUUCUCCACCACUUGACUCGGAUCGACCACCGACACAAUUUCUCCCCGUACAAUACCCUUCUUUACCUCUCCUCGGCGCAGUCGGCGAACCCAACGCUUGCACACCUGCGCUCAUCAAUCUCCUUCGAGUCUUUCGCGUUCAUUCCCCAGCUCCUUCUCUCCACGAUCCUCAUCCCCAUUGGUCUAGCAAAGCGCGAUCUUCCAACAACCAUGCUGGCGCAGACCCUCGCUUUCGUGACUUUCAAUAAGGUCUGCACGUCGCAGUAUUUCCUCUGGUACCUCAUCUUCCUGCCACUUUACCUGCCCAAUUCGUCAUUACUCGCGAGGCCCUCGCUGGGGCUAACGGCUUUGGCUCUUUGGGUCCUUGGGCAGGCGAUCUGGCUACAGCAGGGCUAUCAACUCGAGUUCUUGGGGAGGAGCUCUUUUGUCCCGGGCCUCUUCGCGGCAAGUCUCGCUUUCUUCGGGAUCAACUGUUGGAUAUUGGGGCUCGUGGUGGGCGACGUUGUUGACAGGUCUCCAAGCUCGACCGCGACAACUAACGCGCAACGAGGCACCAAAUCUUCGUCACCGACAACAGCCACGGGAACGGGGGCUACAGCGAGCGUCUCCGAGCUCAAGGCGAGGCCACCCCGCGACAGGCCGCGUGGGAAUGCUAGCAUCGACACGAGCGGGAUUGCCAAUGUGCAUUUAGGGCCGAGGGAUCGAGUGUUGAAAAGCAACUGAGCCCACACAGCGUGAGCGCCUGCGUCGCAUGAACCGGGCACAUCAGACCACGGAGGGGCUUUGGAGAGUUAAGGGACUGUGCGACUAGUGACCAUGUCAGAAACUCUCAAAGGACUCGUCCGAGACCGUUGUGUGAGGGUGAAAAGCAAAAUGUGAACUUUUUUGGUUUCAAAAGAGCAUAAUCCCGUCCGGAUACACACACAUUACCCACCAAUAUUCUCCCUGCUGGUCAAUCUGGGGUUUGAUCUUCAAUCCAAGUAACCUCCCGUCCAAUCCAUUUGUUUCACCCAAAACAUGUAAUCCAGCAAGCCCUAUUCCUGUGGUCGGACCAGAUGUCUUCCGCCGCCUGCACAACCGAACACCUUCCUCGAACGCUAUCCCCCCGCCAUAUUUUCUCGUAAACAGAGCCGUGGUACUGUGGUAAUCAAAAGCCGAGUUCACGCCAUGCAAAACACAAACGACGCAGAGAAUCGCAGCGCAACACAGAGACGGAGCAAAAGCCCCUUGAUUGCAGAUCGAUGGCUGGCAACGAGAAAAAGAUGGCUUCGGACCCAAGCAAGAAACUUUUUGCCCCCGCCCGACCUUUGUCGCUCCUGACAUUAGGAUUUCCUCAUCGCAUCAAUACAUACACGGCUCGUCACUUGCUGGCCAAUUGUCCCUCCGUCCAGAAUAUGCAAAGUUAGAUCUCGUGGUCGACAAUAGCUGAGGUUGCAAAACUCCCAAUGUUCGUCCAAAGAGCCAAGCAAUGCCCUCAACGCCGCCAAAAUGGCGUUAUGAGCCUCCGAGCGGUCCUCUGUUUCUGCAUGGAAGACAGCUCAAAGGAAUGGGAGCUCAACCGCCCCUCGCGUCAACAAGAAUCUUAUAGCUGCUCGUCUUGAUACUUCGUGGCCUCCACUUUGGAUAAAGACUGCUGGGUAUGAUGAUUCCCAAGGGAUUUGUCGGAGACGCCGGUCCAAGACCACCAUCAGGAGGCGGACCCCCAAUGCCAGUCGAGGGAGGAUUGGAAGAGCUCGACUCCGAGGAUGACGGCUUAUGGUAGCUCCCUGGACACUCGAUCCCCUCACCCAACUCCUCGUACUCAAGGUCAGGCAUCAACUCGCUCAGCCUCUCCACAAUCUCCUCGUUCCAAACACCGUACACCCUGCCCUUUUCCAACAGCCAGUACGGGUUUAAUAGCGUGCAAGGAGAAUCCAAAUCAAUGUAUCUGAUUCUCACAUACUCCAAAUUCGGGAAAAGAGGCAGCGCUUCGACGGUGUUGAGGACCAGGCGUUCAAACGCCUUGAUGAAGACGAGAUUGGUGAUUCCAGCACCAUCGGCGAUGACACCGCCCAAUUCGUGCGUAAGUGUUUCUCCGGUGGUUGGGUCGGUUGCGGUGACUCGUUGCCGACAACACGAUUUUACCACUAUCUCGAGAUGCUUGAGUCUGGGUUCCUCUGUUUUUUGCGCUUGAGAAGAGAGGGCAGAGCACGCGCUAGUCCACAGACACUCGCAGAUCUUUCCCGUGAAUGAGAGUGAUUCGAGUUGUGGAAGGACACGACCGAGGUGCUCGCAGAGAUGUCGUUGUACACCACUCGACCCAGGAGCAAAGCUUGAGCCAAGUGUCGUUGUAUCUUUGCUGUACAUUCCAUCAAGAGAGAUGUUGACAUGACGAAGUCUCGAGGGGAGAUAUGUGAGGAUGUCAUUGAUCGUGGCGUCCGCCUCAACACGAGGUCUCGCGUAGCCGCAAUGCCACUCCUCAACGUUCGGCAGAGCAUCCUCAAUAGUCUUCCAAUGUUGAUAGUUGCGCAUUAUAUUCCAGGCACCACGCAUAGCGAAGGUGCGAAUAUUUGGUAGUCUGUCCAGACGCUGAUUCGGGUCAGGGAAGAGUGUUUUUGGAAAGUGCCG